AUGACAUUUCAAGGACUUGCGGCAGUGGAGAAGUUCUACAAGGCAUAUGCACAUAAUGCGGGUUUUGGAGUUCGUAUCGGGCAGCAGAAGAAGAUUGAGAAUAAGGUGGUCCGAACUAAGCGUUUUAUGUGUAACAGGGAAGGAUUCAAGUCCAAAGAUAGUAAGGAGAUCGAUAACCCCUCGAAGAAAAAGCGUAAGCAGGCAAACACACGAUGUGGUUGUGAUGCACACAUCUUUGUCAGACUUUGUGGGGAGAACACCUACAAGAUAGAUUCAUGGGUUGAGCACCAUGUUCACGGUCUUGUAUCGCCUGAUAAGCGUCAUUUGAUCAGAUCGAAUCGUAGAGUUAGUGAGAGGGCAAAGAAUACUCUAUUUACAUGUCACAAGGCAAGCAUUGGCACCUCUCAGGCGUACAGGUUACUCCAAGUUAGUGAGGGUGGAAUUUCGAAUGUUGGGUGCAUGAAGAGAGACUUGCAGAAUUACUACAGCGACCUUCGGGAUAAAAUUAGAAAUGCGGAUGCCCAAAUGUUUGUCGCCCAGCUAGCUAGAAAUCAGGAAGUAAACUCAGUAUUUUUCUAUGAUUUUGACGUGAAUGAUGAGGGGAAGUUGAAGUAUGUGUUCUGGGCAGAUGCCACAAGCAGGAAGAACUACAGUCUCUUUGGUGAUGUGGUAUCUUUUGAUUCUACGUACACCACUAAUCAGUACAACAUGAUCUUUGCACCAUUUACAGGGGUCAAUCAUCACUUGCAAAGUAUAUUCUUUGGUGCUGCCUUCUUAGCAAAUGAGAACAAUGAAUCGUAUAUUUGGUUAUUUCAGACCUUCCUAAAAGCAAUGGGAGGGGUAGCACCUAGGCUUAUCAUAACAGAUGAAGCUGGUAGCAUGAAGAUUGCUAUUGACGAAGUUCUUCCAACCACUGUGCAUAGGUUGUGCAUGUGGCAUAUAAUGGAAAAGGUGCCUGAAAAAGUUGGACCUUUGAUUAGAGAGGAUCCAGAAUUUUGGAAGAGGCUAAACUCAUGUGUUUGGGGUUCAGAAACUACAACUGAGUUUGAGUCACAAUGGAAUUCCAUCAUUACAGAUUUCGGGUUGGAAGAAAAUGAGUGGUUUGCUAAGAGGGAGAGUGUUUUUGAUGAACAAGGGAAUUUACUAGAAGAAGAGCCCACCGAUGCUUUGGACGCGGCCACGAGAGAGAAGAUUUCAACUAUACGUAAUAAGAUGGAAGAUAUGAUUCAAAAGGCGAAGCACUCAGAUGUAGGCAUGGACUUCUUAACAUCAAGUGUGUUGAAAAUCGAGGCCCCUCUCGACCAAAUGGUUCCUGCAGCUACCAAAAGCACUAGGCAAGAGGAAUAUGAGGCCUUUAUUGGUUGCAACAUUCCUACUGAAGUUCAUAUACAUCCACCCACUGAUGUUCAUACGGUGGGGAGAUGCAAAAGAAUAAAGAGCGGAAAGGAGACCAAGGAGGAUAGUCGAAAAAAGAAGGGCAAAGAAGUAAAGGCAAGGGCUGCACGCUUGUGCAAGACAUGCAAGCAAAUAGUAUUUCAUGAUAGUCGCAAUUGUCCACGCAAAGGGAAAAGGAGCAUGAUCGUGGAAGAUAUGCAACUGAAUGGUGCUUCCUGA